AUGAAAAUCGAUUAUCAGAAUUUUUCAGCAUGCAACGGAGAGUUGCCUCCGCUUUGUGCCAAUUUGAUUGAAACUAUCAAAAGUGCAACCACUGUGGAGCGUUUCAUCGAAGAGUUGAAUCGAGCUAGAGAUCUUCAAGCGGUCUUAGGAAAAACAGAGCUUUCACGUUGGGCAGAUGUAUUGAAUCGAUGUGACGAAAUCCUGGAAGAUGCGACUGUUAUACAGAACCAUGAAAUGAAGGUGGAUAAGUGCCCAAUAACGAAGUACAACACAAUUUCUAUAUUGCGCUUCACGGGGCUUCUUUUUGACUGCACAUCUACUCGACGUAUAUACGCAAGCACGGAUCGCAUUAUUCGCCUUACGGAAUGCACGGAUAUGGACUUGGUUAGCGAGGUGCUUCGACUUCUGCAGACCAUCAGCAAACGUUCAAAAUUCCUCACGCAAAGAUUGUGUCCAGAAGAUCAAGCUUCCCUUGUUAUGAGUCUCACUGCAAUGGCUCAGUGCUGGGGAGGGAAACUGCGCAAUUUAAAAAUGGAAGAUUGCGUACGAAGCGAUGUGAAGCUUCCACCGUUGUUUCCGUUCACUUUCACAGACAGCAAAGCCAAAAACUCAAUAGUUUUCGAGCGUCGCAUGGUGAAUCAGCCGCUGCUCAAAGUCGUAGACGAAUUCGCCACAGGAAUGACGCCGGAGGAUCGAUAUAGUUUGCUAGCAAGAAUAAGAAUGCUGCGAAAUUUCGAACUUCGCGAACACAGAAUGCAAUGCCUCAUCGUGCGCCUGCUUUCCAUAUCGACGCUAAUCUAUUGCAAAUGUCAGCCAGACGAAGUUCAAAUCAGUGCACUACUGUACAGUGGCUUUAUUGAAGAGGCUGUCGCUCUUUUAAAAGUAGACCUAAAUUCACACGAGCUCAUAGAUCCGAUACAAACCGAAGCCCUACGGAUGUUGUGCAGUGUUGUGUCGCUAGAGAAAGUUAGCAGAACAUCUCAAAUUCUGGAUGUGUUGAGUGCCGGGUCUUAUCACGGCUUCUUGGCUGUAUUCACAAGGAGUAUUGUUGAAGACAUGAAGCGCAAUCUGCUUAAUACUCCUGGAAAACCGAGUGUCGCACUUAGCACAGCACUGUUGUCGUUUAUAUAUCAUCUCAGCAAUGCAGAUCCUGGUGGCGAAACCUUGGCGGCAUGCGGUCUCACGCAAACGCUUUUGAGCGUGAUUUCUCACCAUGCUCUUCCUCUUGACCAAGCGACUCUAGCUACCCGUUGUACACGAAUAACAGACAAUUUCACCACAAUCGAUGUAACAGGAUUCAACAACUGCAGAGGAAUGGACAUCUGUAUCGACCGUUUGAUUUACGAAGUAGAUGAGUGUCGCAAAGAGCAGCCGUUUGUAAUUGAUACUUCCGGGGAUGUGGACGACGACACUGUGGGAAGCGUUUUUGUACGAGCACCGCCAGUAGGAAAGACGUGUCAUCCGCAAAGAUCAGGCCUGAUUAAGGCCCUCAUCACUUUCAUUAAGCGAGCGAUUCAGGAUAGUCAAUUCCAAGACAGCGUGAGACACAUAAUGGAAGGACAAUUGCCGGAUGCACUGAUGCAUAUCAUCAGCAACUCAGAGUACUACUCGGCAUCGCUUUACCAUCACGCCAUUCAGCUCGUUGUGAACUUUAUCUAUCAGGAGCCAUCUCAACUCACGAUUCUUCAAAACAGACAUGUACCUUAUGUCAUUCUACAGAGCAUGCUCCGGAAAGAGCUUCCAAACUCACGAGAUGUUAUCAGCCAUAUGGGGAAUGUGUUCACAGCCCUCUGUCUCAACGAGAAAGGACUGAAACAAUUCAAAGCUUAUGCUCCAUUCGAUCACUUGUUCAACAUCGUUCUCAGCAUCAAAUUCAUCGUUACUAUGAAGAAAAAACGUAGUGAAAUGAAUGAUGCUGCUCAAGGAAUCGGAAGCUCUUUGGAUGAUUUGUUGCGGCACCAACCUACCCUGAAACCCUUGAUGCUAGAUUCAGUUCUUGGGAUGCUUAAUCGCCUUGUCGAACUUGGCAGUAAUCCUCCGCCUAAUACAAAGAUUGUAAUGGCGUUAUCAAGAUCGGCCAGCAAAGCUGCCAGCCAGAGCUUCGGCAGUGGUUCUAACACCCCCAACGUUGAACAGCUACCAAUGUCCCCUCCUGAAAUCGAAGAAAUGUCUGAUGAUGAUGAAGAAGCUGAAAUGAGUAUGGACGAACUUAGUGGAGUUGGACAGUGCGUAGCUGAUAAAAUGGGAUUAGAAAUGGACUGCCCUUCGGACGCGAAGGAUGGUUCUCGGUUACUGCCACUUGGCGAUUAUCUACUGAUUUUCACCAAGAUAUUCGAAGCUAUCAUAACUCAAGUUGCUGCUGCAGAUCUCGUUGAGGGUUUUGUGGAGAAGAAUGGCGUGGAGAAGAUAUUGUCUUUAUGUAAUCUUCCCUCACUUGCGGCAGAUUUGGCAGCAAGUACAUUCUCGUCUAGCGUUGGAUCUAUUGUGAAGUUUGUGUUGCAACACGUGAAAUCAGGCGAUAAGCUGAUGUUAGCCAUCAUGGAGGUCUUCCUGCAGUCUAUCGGUCCUCUUGUUGCGCGUACCUCUCGUGAAUUCUGUGAUUCGAACACUGGUGGGGCUUCUCUGCUCGUCCCACUCGGUGAUGAGGGAAUAGUGGCAGCUAUUACGAGUAUGAGCAAUGCUGUUCCCAUUCUCAGCAUGUUGACGAAGAACAAUGCCCUUUCGGUCCCACCAACACAGGGAGACCUCCGAAACCGUGUUUGGGAUGCUUGGCUUACUGAUACAGGGAAGAGACUACACAUAGGAUUCCGCAAAGUGGCACGCGUGCUAGCUUGGGAAACAGCUCUUCUUAAAAUGAUUGAACCAACAAAGACCGUCGCCACAACUCAAACGGACCCUAGUGAAAUCGAAGCGCUUUGUGUUGGAACCAGUUCGCCGUUGACGUCAAAUUCGUCUGAACCAAAUAAUGUCAUGUCUGUUGCUGUUGAUCCACCUGCCACAGCCGCUCGCCAACCGGCUUGGGCCUUAGCUGGAAUAACGCAGGCUGAAAAUGCUUUCUGGCACCGACACAAGAACGUUGCUGAUAUGGUAAUCAAGGCGAACAAGACUGUGUCGGAGUUCCUCAGCCAACUAUCGAGAUCCUGUUUCGUACCGACGAGGCGCAAUCGCCGUUACGAUUUUUCUGCAUCAACCAUGUCGAAGUCUGCGCAGCAAAUGGCUGAUGAGAUUUUCGCUGGAUUCUUCCGUGAUUUAAAAUGGAGUUGUCAUAAGUUGUCGGAGCGUUCAUCGACACCACCCAUGGAAUUUGGACGACUCCAAGAAGUUAUAGUCCAGAUGUCUGUUGCACUUUUCGAUGAUCGUCGUCAACCAUUUCACGCAAUGCUGCAACGUUUCUAUACUUCUGGAUGUCAUAAUGCAUUUUGUGACCUCAUGAUUGAGAAACUCGCUCCUGCUCUCAGCAAUGAAUAUAACGACUGGUUGGAGCUCGCAUUUCUCGAAUGGUUCCGUCUUGCGAGUCGGCUGGCGAAUAAGCAGAAUAUGAUUCACACAAUGUACCGCCAACCCCAGCCACUUACAAUUGAGUUCGAUCCGAAAAAAUAUCUCAAGCUAGUACAUAACGAUUUCUUCCGCGCUUUUUGCGUCUUGUUUUCGAAAUUGUCGGACGAGAAAGUUGACCUGAAAUGUUGCCAAACGUUGUGCGAAACGGCGAUAUCAGUUUACAAAGAUGUUGCGCAUAGCCUUACUCCGGCGAGUGAGGAAACCCAGCGUCCCCAAAAUGACGAAACAGUGGACUCGAGAGCACAAGCCGCUGACGGGGAAGAAUCCCAGAGAGAUGCAGUUCUGAGACAACUGCUACCUGAAGGAAGUGUUUCUUUGCUGGUUGAUAUGGGAUUUCCACAUGAGCUGGUUGUACAAGCUUUGGAAGAAACUGGCUCAACUGAAGGUGCUACUGAAUGGCUCAUUAAUAGAAAUGCAGCAGGACUUCAGCAGGCUCUUGAACGGAGUAACGACGUUGGAGAUCUAGAAGAAGGUGAAUUUGUUGAUGCCAAUCUACCCUUUCUUUUGGGAGUUGCUGGCUCAUCAAGUGGUGGAACAAACGAAGACAGGGAUUCUGGUAAGAAAGCGGGUACCAGUGCUGCACUUGAUGCAGAAGAUUCUAUAGAAAUGCCUAUAAUCACACCUCUCAAAGAGCUCAACAUUGAUACAGACUUAUCAAUUUCUCGUGCAUGUGUUGAACUUAUGCCUUUGUGCAAGCGUCUUAUGGAGCUUGGAUCGGAUCUUGUAUUCUCAUGUGCUGACCUUGUGUCAGGCAUGGUCAACACUCUGGAGGAAGAAUGGCGUCGUCGUCAGCUGAUCGGCCAAAUCAUGAUUGAAGAGAUCAUUGCUAUGGCACGCUCUGUUAUGAGCGGACCAUCGGAACACGCUGUUCGUGUGCUUGCGACAAGGAUUCAUUUCGCAUGUUUGCUUUUUGAUCACGUGGCUGACGAAUACCUUGAGGCGAUUGGAACACAACCUAUGGUGUCAACGAUGCUCCUUCUUCUCGGGUUUGUGUAUGACAACUUCGACGUUGACUAUAUGCAAAAUGGGCUACUCUCACCUGUUGUUCUAUGGCUUGAUCUAUACGAUAAGGGAAUGCGAGCUAUUAAACGUCGAAAUAUUCUAAAAGCAGCAUCACCCCAGCUAAAAUGGUCGUAUCAUGCUGAAGAAGAACGUAUUAGUGCAGGAAGAAGUCACAAAAAAUGGCAGCCAUAUUCACCUGUGAACCAGCUUCAACUGAAUAAGGCAUUCUUCUCUGGCAAAACAAACUGUGUGCUUAAAAUCCCAAGAAAAGAGAAGGAUUUCACUGUGGAUUUCUCCCUGAUGAAACAAACGGAUGGACUUGCAUGCAAUCAAGCCGUUUUCGCAGAACUACCAGAUGGUGCGGAAAUUGACAUCGAAACUCUGAAGAAAUCGGAACGGGAAUCUGUUUGGACUACUGCAGAAACCUCGCGAUUGCUCGUCAUAGUUGUCAGCUUAUUGCACAAGUCUCUUAUUCACCACACUGCUGCUCACACUAUUCUAGCUUUUGUGGCAAGAUUGACAAGAGAUCCAAGUUGCGCCGUAAAUUUCAUCCAGCAAGGAGGAAUAACUGCAGUGCUCCAAUUGCGGUGUUCCACUACUCCGUCCACCUCAGUUUUGACGUCACUUAUUAUUCGCCAGUGCAUUGAUGAUGAGAAUAUGAUGACUCAGGUUAUGGAGAAAAGUGUAAGGGUUGUUACAAAUCCUGUACAGUCAACUCCUCUUUCCGAAUAUCUUGGCAUGUCCGAAAACAAACCGAAGGACUGGUGCGAAACUCUUAAUAAGCUUGCACCACUGUCAACGAGGUGUCCAGCUAUUUUUGUUAAUACAAUGGAGAAGUCUGCGAAACUUGAUGGCACCUUGAUGGUUUCUACCUCAGCAAAACCCCAUUUCUCACCUCCUUCCAGUAAUGAGCGAACUCAGCAGAUAGUGCAAUUGCUUCUUCGAGAGUGUAUUCACGGAGAAUGGCCGUCUGAAAGUAGUGUACCUUUAGGACACACAAGGAUGAUCAGCCGAGGAGCAAUCCUGAGCUUAUUGGCUGAACUGGUCAAGUCUUACCCAGGUGUAGCAACAUUGAUUUGCGAAGCCAAAGAGGAUGGUCAAAGCGUGAUUCAUCAGCUCAUAGAGCAUUUCAUAGACGGAACUCAAGAAAAAGAUACUCUUGGCUCACUGAAAACACUUAUUUCAAUAUUGGCUGCAUGUAAUCAUUCUCCGAAAGCGCAGGAAUCAUUAGUGUCUGAUAUGAAGGCUUCACUUCUUUCUGUUGGAAGCUCGUCCCUGACAUCUACUGCGAUUUGCAGCAAGGUCAGUGAACUAUGUUCCUUGCUGGUUAUGAUGCUUGACUCCUGUCCAUCAUCUUCCGCAUCAUUGUCGCAUUCUCAUCAUCGUCAUUUGCUCGGAGGAGCUCCAAGCCCUAUAACCAAAUUGUUCCAUAAAAAGAGAAUCUGCAAUGACCUAGUGAAGACAAUUACUUAUCUACAGUUGUCUCAGAAAGAAGCCAUUGAUACCGUCAAUACAGUGCUAAAAACCCUAGAAACAUUGAUGAGAAGCACGAACUCUUCUGGGGCGUCAGCUAAUUCUGCUAGUAUCACCCAUGGUGCAAGAAAUGUAGCUCGAGCUCAGGCUGUAAUCAAUGCCGCUGUUGCUGAUGCAGUGAGAAUUCCCUCGCCAAGUAGUGGUCAAGAUACAGGUCUUGCUGGCACCAUCGAUCUCAGCGAGAUCUUAGCCAAUAACCUCCUUAAUGAUUCCAAUGAAAUGGGAGAGGAUCAAGAUGAUCGAAGUGUUCAAGCUUAUGUUCGCGUUAGCGAAAAUUCGGGACAUCGUGAUGAUCAACCUCGAGAAAAUGACCAUCAUCGGGGUGAAGUUAUGGAUGAGGAAAUGGACGAGGAAGCAGUGGAAGAUUCCAUGUCAUCUGGUGAAGAAGACAACGAAGAUCGAACCGUAGAAGAUGAGGAAGGUGAUGAUCGCGAGGAAGAUGACACUAUGGAUGGUGAGGACCAAGACGAAGAAGAAGAAGAGGAUGACGAAGAUGGACGGAGAGAAGGGGAAGUGCAGGCAACGGUUAGGGUCGAUGCUGAAGAGAGCGGUGAGGAUGGUGAGGAGGAAGAAGAAGACGAUGACGAAGAAAUGUACGAUUACCCAGACGAGGACGAGGAUACUCUUCAUGACCUGUCAUUUGAAUUGCUCGACCGUCCAGGAUUAUCUUCUUUUGGAUUUGACGAUUUUAUCUUUGGACCUCCGAUUGGAAUCAACAGAAUACCUAGGGAGCAUCGUGGUGCGCGUCGAGAGCAGUCGAGCGCUGGUGUGCAUCCCUUGAUGGUUCGUCCAGCUCAUAUAGCUGACUCGCAACCGUCACAUAAUCUACAAUCUGCGCCAACGGUCGGUCGGCUCGAACGCAUAGCCAGGCUGGGCAACUACCGCAGCUUGUUGUUGGAUAGCGGUGGAGCAAGAAUCCCUGUUACUCUUACAAGACAAAAUGCUAUUCGCCGUAUUGGAGGAACGGAUCGUGGUUAUGUUGGACCAACCAGUCAGCUUUUCGAUAGGUUAUUUGACUUGCAUGCGCGAGAUCGAAGCGGACCAUUGAUGAACGUAAACGGGCGUAUUGUGAAUGUGAGCUCCAAUCUUCUUGAUAGCCCAGAAGAGCGGCGAAUGCGGCAACCUGCCUCAGCCCCUUCAGCUCUUGACAGAUUUACGGAUGGUGCCGACAUGAUGGAUGGUGUCUCCAUGCAAUAUGUUGCGAUUAUUAUUAACACAAUCGUAACUCGAGUAGCAAGGAAGCGUGUCGAUGAGGAAAAAGCCAAGGAAGCCGCUGAAGAAGCUGCGAAGAAGGUAACUGAAGACGGCGCUAAACCAACGUCGUCCGAAAAUGCACCUUCUACAAGUGAGGAAACAGGGACUUCUAAUGCCACGGCAACUGUUCUGGCUCACCCUCCUACUGAGGUGGCGCGACAGGCUUGGGAUGAAUCCGUCCAGAGCAGUAGAGAGCCUGAUGUAACCACUGCGCUAUUAAGUGCAGCAGGCGAUACUGUGAACGACGGUGAUAUACCGAGUUUGCCAGUGGUCGAUGGAGAAGCUAUGGAUACAUCAGAAGCAUUCGAACCACGAGAUGUUGAAGCGGAUGUAUCAAUGGAUGAAGCACCACCGCAUUCAUCCGCAGCUACGGUGGCAUCCUCAUUGCCUGAAGCAGAAGGAGAUGAAGAACGCAUGAUCACUCCCCCGUUAUCAACUGCUCAAAAUCCCAGUCGAGAUGGAGAAGAGAGAGAAGCAAGCGAUAGGUCUGACAACUCUGGACAUACUGAGACAACUACAGAUGAACCAUCAGCAGAUGGUGCGGUAAGUAGCACAGUUCCACAAGAUAGCAACAAUACAAUCCCAGAAGAAUUCCGAGACAUCCUUGGUGAUAUUGAGAUCCCUGACGGAGUUGAUCCGGCUUUCCUAGCUGCCCUUCCUGAAGAUAUGCGCGCAGAAGUAAUCCGUGACCAUCGUCGACAACAGCGAGCACAACGAGCCGCGCAGCCACCUACUGUAGCAGUUGCACAGGACGGAAACAGUGAAGGUGGUCCUAGUGCGGUGCCGGCAGUGGAACCUAUCGAUCAAGAUUUCCUCGCUGCUCUGCCUCCAGAGUUACAGGAGGAGAUUCUUGCACAACAUGAACGUGCAGUUAGGGAGGCAGAAGAAGCCCUACGCCGAGCCAAUGCUCCGGCUCCACCUGUUCCGCCUGAGCCUGAAAUGGACGGCGCGGCGGUGAUUGCUUCCCUUCCAGCUCAUGAAAGAACUCAAGUAUUGGCUGAAAUGGACGAGUCCGAAUUACAACGCCUUCCAGCCGAUAUGCAAGAUGAAGCUCGGCGUGCACGUGCCAGUCUUGAACCAUUGCAGAACAUCCUACGAUUCCGACAUUUGUUAAUGCCAUCCUCAAGGUCUCGAGGACUUCGCUCUAAUGUUAACUUAACUGGAUUUGGAACCAGUUAUGGAGGAUUGGGAACAAGUGGAAGCGGGACUGGAACUAGCGGUGCACCUGCUGUAGGAAGUCUUGCUGGACAAGCGAAUACAGCAAAUACCCAAUCACUGCAGUUAUUAGACCGUGAUUCUAUUCUAAUCCUUACCAUGUUGUUCCUUGUUGACAAUCGGCUGAGCAACGGGCGCCUGCAAAAGGUUAUUCGCCUUGCGUGUUCCCAUGCAAACACUUGCGACUUUGUGAUUUGGUGCCUGCUUGCUCUUCUCGAAAAAGCUCAUGAUGGGACAGUAGACGAGGAGGAGUUAGUGUCUGUUUGUCCUUCGUGGCUCGACUCUAUCACCGUCUCCGGUGUGGGUCAUAACGAACGUGCGCUCAAAAUUGGCAAACAUGUUUCAAAAGUGGCCAUUCAUCCACUCUUGUCUCUACCACUUUCCAAGAAUGUUCUGGACACACUUGCUACAAUUGCGAAAACUUAUCCUGGCCACUUCUUGCCAUCGAGUCUUCGAAAGGCGCAGCAGACCCAGACAAAAGACAACAAUUCUGACGCCUCCACUGUUCGUGAUGCGAGCCCACCUAUGGAUUUAUUCUGGGAAUUAGUACAGGCAUCAUCAUGUAAAUCGCUUACUGCUAAAGAAGCACGUGAAAGCGGGGAACGUAUGUCCCUGGAAACUUCUCAUGUGGGGCGUCUAAUGAAGCAUCUGAGUAAGCCAGUCGUUGCAAAAACGGGAACUAUCCAGGAUCGCCUAUUGCGGGUUAUCAGUACGGUUGUCCAAACUCUGCCGAAUGAAACAAUGACGCUUUUGGGUGAUCUAGAAGGUCCACAUCCACUUGAAAGUCAGCUGAAAGCAGUGAUCGACGUAUUAAUGCGUGGUUCAUGCAGCAACGAAGGCUUGGCGGAUGGACGUACCCUGUUGGUUGAAUGUAUGCGAGCUCUUCCUCCUUCCAUAACAGAUGCAAUUUAUGAGCAACUCUUCACGGCUGUUGAAAACGUUGGACUAGAAUUACAGCCACAGAUAGAUCGGCUUAUUGAAGAGCUCGGUGAACCAGAAACUCCGUCACCUUUGUCCGACGAAGUGCCUUCGACAAGCAAAGCGCCAUCUUUCAACGUUGAUAAUGAGAACUCAACAGCGAUCUCUACAACAAAUACUACAAUAGAUAGGGACCGUCGAUUAACUCGAACCCGUAUUGGUCGCCUUGUGCUCGAUGCUGAAAAUACUAGUCGAUUUACCUUAAGUGCAAGUUCCUGCCCUGAACUCCAACUGCCCGCUGUAACGAUGCUUACCGACAAGUCUGGUGCUCAAUACAAGUUGCUAAGUGCUCUGCAAACUUUGUCGAAGAUUCGUGACACCAUAAGGCAAAUGAAAGAAGAACGUCGCAAAAAGGAGGAGUUAGAGAAGAAAAAGAAGGAAGAAGAAUCUAAAGCAACAGAAGCAACUUCAAAUUCGACUAACGAGCAAAGAACGAUUGAUCCAGUUGCCGUAGAUGAUUCAUCGACGUCAGCUGAACCACAUACUUCUGAGUCUGUCGAUCUCCCUGCUGCUCCAACAUCUCCUGGAACAUCAAUUUUGAAUGCCAAUCAGGAAAUGCCGAAGAAAAUAACUCAAGAGGAGAACAACGAGGACGUGGUCUUAAGUCAUCGCUUAACAAGACUAGAUGGACUCUGGGACUCCGUUUCAACUUGUCUGCUUCGCCUCGGAAAAGCAUCCGAUCAUCAUGCUGUUCUCGCCCUUCAACCAGCAGCGGAAGCGUUCUUCCUUGUUCAUGCAGUACCUCGUCCUGCGAAUUCAACUGUGGAUCAUCAUGAUGAUCCUGACACACUGAAAAUGAUUGCUUUCGCAGAGAAACACCGUGAAGUACUCAACCAAGUCCUCAGGCAGAACAAUACUGCCUUAUCACCAGGAGGACCGUUCGCGGCACUUAUUCAAUUCCCCAAGUUGCUCGAUUUUGAUGUGAAAAGAAAGUACUUCCGUAAAGAACUCGGGAAGAUGGACGGAGACCGAGGCUUCCGCCGUGCUGACGUCCAAGUGCAAGUGAGGAGAUCACAGAUCUUCUCCGACUCAUUCCGUGAAUUGUACCGGCUUCGUCCGAAUGAGUGGAAGCACCGUUUCUACAUUAUAUUCCAAGGAGAGGAAGGUCAGGAUGCCGGUGGACUUCUUCGUGAAUGGUUCUCUGUUAUAACCAGGGAGAUCUUUAACCCUAAUUACGCGUUAUUCAUUACUGCUCCGGGUGAUAUGGUUACCUAUAUGAUAAACAAGGCGUCAUAUAUUAAUCCUGAACACUUGGAUUAUUUCAAAUUCGUUGGACGACUUAUUGCAAAGGCAAUUUAUGACAACAAACUUCUGGAUUGUUAUUUCACUCGUGCCUUCUACAAACAUAUUCUCAACUUGCCAGUCCGGUACCAAGAUAUCGAGAGCGAGGAUCCUGCUUUUUACAACUCACUUGAGUUUUUGCUCAACAACCCCAUUGACGAUCUAGGUUUAGACCUAAGCUUUAGUCUCGAGGUGGAAGAAUUCGGGGUCAGAUCUAUUCGUGAUCUGAAGCCCGAUGGGAGAAAAAUCGACGUGACUGAUGCAAAUAAAGAAGAGUAUGUGAAAUUGGUGUGUCAGAUGAAGAUGACUGGAUCAAUACGAAAACAACUUGACGCAUUCCUUACUGGUUUUUAUGAGGUUAUACCUAAACAAUUGAUCAGCAUGUUCAAUGAACAAGAAUUGGAGUUGCUUAUUAGUGGACUACCUGAUGUGGAUAUUGAUGACUUAGCGAACAACACGGAGUACAAAAUGUACACGAAAACUAGUGCACAGAUUCAGUGGUUCUGGAGGGCACUUCGCUCAUUUGAACCAGAAGAUAGGGCGAAAUUUUUGCAGUUUGUCACAGGAACCAGCAAGGUUCCUCUACAAGGGUUUGCGAGCUUGGAAGGCAUGAAUGGUAUCCAAAAGUUCAGCAUUCAUAUGGAUUGCCGCGGAGGAGAUCGUCUACCUGCUGCACAUACCUGCUUCAACCAGUUGGAUCUUCCGCAAUACGAAUCGUAUGAGAAGCUACGUGAUUCGCUGCUGAUGGCCAUACGCGAAUGCACCGAAGGCUUUGGAUUCGCUUAA